UUUGUGGUGGAGAUCACAACGGCGUCAUUUUUGAGGUAUGAUGUCGCUCUUUUAGAAGUUUAUCCCAAAUUGAGCCCAAAAAGGAAGAAAAAAAGAAGAAGCUGAUAUGACGACGGCGGCGGCGAAACUUCACGGCGGCGACAUGGCGAUGCGUCUUCCUUCCCCGAUAACCAACCGGCGUCUCUCAACGCUCCCGAGAAUGGCCUCUUUCGCUCCACGGAGGCACAUCGUGGCGUUGGCGGCCAAGAGAAGCCCUAAGCGUCUCAAAUACUCUACUCCACGCUUCACAAAGGAGGGGGAAUUGGUGUACAUUGAGGUCGAUCCUUGUGGUGUUGAUGCCUGGAAACUCCAACCUGUGAUUGACCUUCUCAAACAAGGCGCUGUUGGUGUUAUUCCCACUGAUACUGUAUAUGCCAUUGUUUGCGAUUGUAAAAACCAUUCCGCUGUUGAGCGUCUCCGAAGGAUCAAAAAGAUUGAAUCAUCCAAGCCACUUAGCAUCUUAUGCCGCUCCUUACGGGACAUAGACACUUUUACCAUGGGUUUUCCUCGUGGUGAUGGUCAUGGUCAUGCUAACAUUUUCCGAGCUGUCAAGCAAUGCCUUCCUGGACCUUACACCUUCAUCUUGACUGCAAGCAAAGAACUACCCAAACAGUGUGUUGGUUUUGGCACCACUAACGUCAAAUAUGCUUCAAGGAAAAACGUGGGUGUCCGCAUAUCUGAUGACGCUCUCUGCCAAGCUAUCCUCCAGGAGAUGGAUGCCCCACUCAUUUGCACUAGUGUGAAAGGGCCUAAAGAAAAUGAAUGGAUGAUUGAUCCAACCGCAAUCGGUGACAUUUAUGGACCAGAGGUAUAUAUAUAUAUAUAUAACUCUCACUCAGUCCCAGCGAGUAGAGAAUCUAGCUCUUUUGGUUGCUCUACUCUCUGUUUCGGUUUCCUUUUACAGGGUCUAGAUUUUUUGGUUGAUGGAGGUGUACGAGUUGCUGAACCAUCCACUAUCGUGGAUAUGACAGGACCAUAUCCCAAGGUCAUACGGGAAGGGAAGGGACCUAUAUUGCCAUGGAUGGUUGUUGAGGAUGACGAGUCUCCCCUGCGCCAUGAUCUUAUCGCUUCUGGCACUUAAAACAGAGACAGACACAGAUUAGGUCUUUGUUUGACAUUUACACAUAAGACACCUUGUAGCUGAAGAAUAUGAAUACAGUUAGUUAUUACAAAUGUGAAUCACAAAA